UCAGUAUUGCGGCUAGUAGUACGGUUAAUGUAACAAGUGCCCAUGAAAUCCUUAUCUAAAACAACCCAUGAAGAAAUCUCGAACUAGAAUUACUUUCAUGCGGCAAGCAUAUUAAUAACGAGAAUCCAGUCAAAUUUUGCAGUUUACGUGCGCUAUUAAUUUUUUCCGUUGCGAUACCGGUUUGCCUUGAUCUCGAAACCCGCAAUCCAACCGUUUUUACUUAGCGUAAGCGCCCGCAUACUCCAAUCAUGUCGACCAGAAAGCAUGUUAUUGUAACAUCAUACCCGGCAUUUGGCCACUACAUCCCCAUGUUGGAAGUGGCGCAACGCAUUGUUCCCUACCACGAUGUGACAAUGAUCGUUUCGAACACCAUGGAAAAGGCCAUCAGACAACGCCACCUGUUACCACCGGCGCCCAUCCGUUUUUACCCGCUGGAUGAUCAGUUUAGCUUAGAUUUUGAAGAUACCCUGCCGGAUUUUAAAAUCAUGUUCGCUGUCAUGAACGAACAAGCUCCACCUUAUGCUAAAUUCAUCUCAAUCUUAAACGGUAAAGAUGCACCAUUACCGCACGUUGACGCACUGUUCUGUGACGUCUUCCACUUUGCUCCGUGCCAACCGUGUUACGACAAAAAUAUCCCCGUCUACAUUGUUAGCAACAUGCCGGUUUUCUGGGCGAACGGUGUGUUCAGUAUUACCGAAGGGACACCCGCGGUUCCGGAUGACGCUAUGUUAGCCAGCGCGCCUGAGUACAAUAGCGAAAAAAAGUCUCCACAAUUCAUUCUUCCGGAAAGUUGGAAGCAGUUUUGCUUGCACUUGCAAAACGCGGUCCAAAACUGCAAAGCAGUUUUAUUGAAUUCAUUUGAGGCACUCGAACCAACCGGCUUGCAAGAACUCCAGCAAAUUCCUUUCGCAAAAGAUAAAGUGUUUAAGUUCAUCGGACCAUUGAUGCCAACUGAAGAGAAGCGAGACAAGAAGGUACAAACGGACGCUUCGCUGUCGACAAAGGUCAUCCAGUGGCUCGAUGGACAAAAAGAGCGGAGUGUGGUGUAUUGCUCGUUUGGUUCCGUGGCGAUGCUCUCAAAAGAGCAACUGGUUGAAAUUGGCCAUGCGUUGGUUUCUCUGAAGCAACCCUUUAUCUGGGCACUUCGUCCCAGUCAGCAGGAUCAUUUACCUGACAUCGUUCAGCGGUUAACCGGCGAAGAUUUCUCGAUGGAGUUGAGUUACCUGAUCGUCCCUUGGGUGCAACAAAAAGCCGUCCUAGCGCAUAAGGCAACCGGUGUAUUCAUCAGCCAUUGCGGGUGGAAUAGUACGCUAGAAUCGGCGUCCUAUGGAGUGCCAAUUGUAGCAUGGCCGUUUUUUGGCGACCAGCCGCUGAAUGCGGCAUUCGUGGAACAACGGGGAAUAGGACGAAUCAUGCCGGGAACCGGUACAUGGAUACCCACGCUGGUGCCAACGCAACAGAUUGUCGCCACAGUGAAAGAAGUGGGUGGAUUUGUGGAUGGUGAAAAAGGUCGGUCGCCGUUUGGAAAAAAUAUUGGGAUAAUUUCGGAUAAGGCAAAGGAAGUCGUUUCAAGUGACGGAUCAUCGACGCAAAAUAUGCGGGAUAUCGUGAAGAGCUUAUAAUACCACUCGUCUGAGUGCUAAUAUAACAGUUCUGGAUCAGCCUUAGACUGGCAGUAAUACUGUUUUUUUUUCCUAGUUAUUAAAACCAUAAUUAUCGAAAAAAGUGAUAACAGUGGCCCUUUGCUUUUCCUUGAACAUUCAAAUUUCAUUGUAACAGCUUUCAUCCGGUUACGGUUUAACGGUUAUUCCUUGGAUGACAACACUACGAGCAUCGA